CCUCAAACGGCCGUGCCGACGAGGAGUCGGCGAGCCGCGCGAGCCCCGUGGCCGUCGCCGCUGGCGGCGACGGCACUAGCACCACCGAGGACAACAGCACCACCAUGCUGGAAGAAAGCAUGGUCCUGCACUGUUCCCACUGCGCGCUCAGCUUCACGGGGCCCAGCGCGGUGGUGCAGCUCGGGGACCAUCUCAUGUGCGUGCACUCCGGAGGCGGAGGACAGCCGGAGGACUUGGUGCCCGUGAAGAAGGAGCCGACCGACGAGGUGCGGCCGCCCUCGCCGGCACCACCGCGCCCCGCUAGCGACGGGCCCGUGGUCGGCGCGGCCUCCUUCACCUGCGCCAAGUGCAACCUGAGCUUCUCCAAGAAGGAGCACCUGGAGAAGCACGACCUCGUCCAGGCACCCGCCCAGCCGAGCGUGGACGAGAACGCGGCGGUGCGCAAGUUCAAGUGCCCCGAGCUGUCAUGCGGCAAGGCGUUCAAGUUCAAGCACCAUCUCAAGGAGCACAUUCGUAUCCACAGCGGCGAGAAGCCGUUCGAGUGUCAGCACUGCUUGAAGCGGUUCUCGCACUCGGGCUCGUACUCGUCGCACAUGACGAGCAAGAAGUGCCUCAUCGUCAACCUCAAGGUGCGCAAGAUGGACACCAAGGCGGCGCGGCAACGUGCUGCUAGCGGUGCCACUGGCGGCGCCCAGAGCAACACCUACCGGCCCAUCAUUCCAAAGUUCGGCGCCGGCGGCGAAGUGUCCGUGUCUCCCCUGGCGAACGCCUACCUCCAAGACCGCUUCCCGUUCCCUGGGGACUACACCGCCCGCUCGCCAUCCUCUGCGAGCCAACCGGGUGUGGCACCACCGUUCCUGCCUCCAUUCGCGUCUCCGCUCAGCCUUCAGCACCUGCUGGCCAGCCAGUUCUCGGCGAUUCCGCCCCAAUACCACCUGCCCGCUCUGUCGCCCUCGUUCAGCGAAGUGGCCCAAAUGCUGCACGCCAGCAGCGCCGCCAUGGAGAAGGCCUCGACGCCCGCCAACAACGGCGACGUCAAACUUCCGCCGCAUUCUGACGCCGUCAAGAAGUUCAUCGAAUUUAUGGACGCCGCGGCUGCCAAACGCAGCAACGGGUCUUCACCACCGCCGCCCAAGAAGAACGGUCUCCUCCCCGGCCUGCUGGGCGCCGGUCCUCUUCCUCUCCAGGCCAGCCGCGACGAUCCGCCGUCGAGGCACGAGUAUUCGUGCGUCCACUGUAAGGCUGCCACAUUUGACAACCCGCUGGCACUGUGCCACCACGAACAAUACUCUUGCUCCGCUAGCCGCGACGUGAACCGAAACCUUUACUCCGAUCUCAAAGGCGCUCCUCAUCCCCUUCUGUCGCUGGCGGCGAGGGUCGAUUCGGGUCGUGAAUCGACCGGUGGUAGCGACAUGACCGACGACGACGACAGUGGCGAGGAUGGUAGCGGCAGGCGACCCCGACCGGACACUAUAUCGGCACAAGGAGAGAUGCUUCUGCAGGCCGCCUUCGUAAUUAACCCUUCGCCGAAUCGCGACCAGCUGUCCAGCCUCGCGCGCGAGAUUGACUCGAGCACGAGGACCGUGCGUGCCUGGUUUCAGAGCGCAGUGGCCCGGUCGUCUUCGGCCCCGUCUCGCCAGCUGUCGUCGCCGCCAUUUUGUUCGUCUCCCGCGUCCAAGCCCGGAGACAUCGCCGGCUCCCUGUUACCGGUUGCAUACACGUCUCUCGGAGUGGCGCUUAACGGCGGUGCGUCAUUACCGGACGGGCAGCCAUCGGAUCCAGCCCUGGCGGAAUCCGAACAGCCGUUAGACCUAUCAGUCAAGUCAUUUGGCGGCGGCUCCGGUUCAAAUACACCUUGGAGUAACGGCGCUCUCAGCAGUGGACACACUGAACCGGAAAGCGACUGCGAAGCUCUGAACCUGAGCCAGAGGUCUCCGCGGACUUCUACACCCAGGGAGAGCGACGCGGUGUUCCUUAACGGUGACAUCUCGCAACGACGUAGGUCGUCGCCGUCGUCGCUUCGCGGUCCCCUGGGGCCCUACACGACGUCCGAAGAUUUCAAAGCUGCCAUGCUUCACCCGGCAGGCCCCCUUCUGUCCUCCUCCGCGAACCGGAUUCUCGCCCUGUCGGCUCUCAAGGGCCUCGAUUUCGAAAUGCAGGCCGACUUGCAGCGGUUCCGCGACUUCUCCUUGCGGGGGAGGCAUCCCGGCUACCCAUCGGCACCACAGGAACCCAGUUCCGUCAUGGGGCUCCUGCUGGCCUCUCCGCACGCGGCGCUCUCGCCACCUGCGAGCGCAGACCUGAUGCGCUCGUCGACGUCAUCGGACAGCCGCGACGCUACCAACAGCCCUCCCUCACACGGCGCAUCCGGCAUCAGGGAUAGCAAGAUGCUGUCGUCGCCCAUGUACUACGCCGACGCGGAUGACCACGGCAGCGGAGAACCCGGCAGUCCCAAGUGCUACCGGAAGAAGAACUUCAGACAGGGCGAUGCGGAGUGCUUGGCGGACGAUGACUACCCUUCGAAUGACGAAGACCCACGCCACCCGGGCUCCAAGAAGCGCAAGCUUUCGGCCAAGGGCGACAGCGCCUCGGAGGAAGGCAUGUUCUCCUGCGACCAGUGUGACAAGAUGUUCAGCAAGCAGAGCUCGCUUGCCAGGCACAAAUACGAACACUCAGGCCAGCGACCACACAAGUGCGACGUCUGCGAGAAGGCCUUCAAACACAAGCACCACUUGACGGAACACAAGCGGCUGCACAGCGGCGAGAAGCCUUUCCAGUGCCAGAAGUGCCUCAAGCGCUUUUCCCACUCGGGCUCCUACAGCCAGCACAUGAACCAUCGCUUCAGCUACUGCAAGCCCUACCGAGAGAACGGCAAGUAGGGCAAGCGCCGCAUCCAUCCUUCGCCCUCCAGCGGAGGACUGCCCCGCCUGCCCGGCGCGACCCUCCGAACCCGUGGGGAGAGCGCCGGUCUGCGCGGGACAACAGUGCCAGCUGCUUGAUCCUGAGAAGCCACGCGCCUUUCCCACUGCACUUUGAUUCAGUGCAGUGGCGGACGGCUUAUUCAAAACCUGCCGUGGGUGCAAGCAGCCGGCCUGAGAGGCAGUCCAUGCUCCGGCGAAAAGAUAAAAUAAAUCGGCGCACUUGUCAACGCAUUCCAAGGAGCGGGUGAGCUGGGCUCAGCGAGAGUGCGGAAAAGGGCAGCCGCUGCUCCGUCGACAGAGUUCUUCGUGGGUUCAAGGUUUCGCGUCAGCUUCGUUCGACGGUGUUCCUGUAGCCUAAGCUGUGGGACGGCCUUUCUUCCCAUCUGCCGCCGCAGAUGUUCAGGCCUGAACUAGCGAUGCCAUGCUUCGUGGUGGACCGCGCGAUGGGCCGGCGUUUGAAGCCGUGCUCGUGCCCAGGGAGGGAGACACCGGACGAUCUGCUGCGCUCCCUGACAAGCUUGCUUCCGGCAGCGCGAUUCCUUUGGCAAGGGUCGACGCCUGCGCGAAGCACCGGUGCGCUGUUCCUUGACAUCGACAGCUAUCGAGACCAGCGCCGGUUGAACCAGCGCCGGAAGCGGAUCUUGAGGACAUGGGAUGCGUGCGUGUGUUGUUGUGCGAAUGGAACGCGUGUGUGAUCGCAAACUUUUAGAGAGCAACUGGCAGUAUGAGUGCUCCGUUCCGGUCGCCCCGACCCCUGCUAGUCUCCAGGCUAUCGGUAACACUCCGAGGCAGCCGUGGGUUCACGUUCUCGACACCUCGUUCCUCCAUCCUUCCACGAACAAGAGACAAGCGAGGCUCACUUCGUUUCCGCCUACGACUUGCAGCAGCUUCACGGGAUCAAAAGUGUAAUCUUAAGAGUGGGCAUGACUGAUUGACUGAGGGCGUGUUUUGCCUAAACGAACGUUGUUGGAACUCGCUCUCCCCCUUUUUUUUUUCUUUUUCUUUUUCGGUUUCCUCUUUCCGUGUACAUCGCUAUCUUUCCUCUCCGCUGACACAUCUAACACAGAAAGAGCUGUUUUUACGCUGUGCCAUAGUGUUGUAUACAUGCUGUUCGCAAGCGUUCUUUAAAGUGUACCCUUCGGCGCUUGUAUGAGCAUAAUAAUGUGCUUGUGCGCGCUUGUGUGUGCGCGAGUGACUGUUCGCUGUUUACCGCGCUUUAGUCGUCUCGGCUGCUUUAUUCGACGACCGCUCGUUUGUGCCUCGACUGAAGGCUUGUGCGAGACGUUCGUCGCUGUUGUUUCGUUCCUGAAAUAUUCUCAAUUUAAGAAGCCACGAUAGCGCCUACGGAGUCGCGUAGGAAAGUCCUAAUCAUCCGUGAGUGCUGAGCUACUCGCGUUAUUUUUGCGCCUCCUCUUCUCUCUUCAUUGUCGUCUUCGUUGCUGGUUCCGUGUGUUCAAAUUCUCGAGACGCAGGUUACAACUGCGACAUUGUACCUGGUUUUUCUUUAAAUAAUUUUUUUCUUAAAGCACGGUUGGGAUGAUGCAUGAUGAAGUCCCAGUUGCGUGGCCGACUUUUACUUUUUUUCAGAAUGGGCAGGUUGCAUACGCGUUCCAAGAAAGGUGUGAACGUUGAGCUCUCCCUUUUCUUUUCAACAAGCAACAUUGUAGUGAACCUCCUAGAAAUGUCGGUGCAAGGCGUUUGCCGAGUGCAGCUGUGGGUAUAGACAACAAAACUCAUUAGUCGCACGUUUUUGGUCUCGCGCUCUACUUACUGCAUUGUAAUUCUUCGUAACAUUUUAAAUCAUUACUUGUACAGGUCCUCAAACGUGCUUCAUUAAGUUUUUUUUUUUUUUUACUUUGCCUGCUGCAAGAAGGUGCUAUGAUAUCUUGUGUUUUUACUUUUUGCCAGCCGAAUUCGUUUCAACAACGUAAUCUGACAAUUGUCACGCUUUCCACAUCAAACGAACACUGUUCAGCACCGCUGCCACUUAUUCUGCUUGGCACUAGUCAACUGAUGCACGGCUAGUCGUUUUCAUCGGGAUUGACGUGCAAUUUUCUCGAAAGCCAAAGAACCCGGGAGAUCAAGUCGUUUUCCUUACUUUCCGCAUGCGCCACUUCCCUGUUCUAGAACGACGUAGCAAACCGCUACUGCUCUGCAUAACCUUACUGCCAUUGUUUCUGCCUGUUGAGCGCUCUGUAUAGCUGUAGCUGUACCGUUCCGCACAUGCGCAUUUGGUAUCUGGCAAUGGCGGCAUCUGUAUAAAGCGGUAACGGUUUGUUAUAACGUUCUUGACGCUCGGAUACAGAGUCGCGAAGAGCUUACUCCAUUCUUGCUUCUUUUUUUCCCUUGUCCUCCGAAGAGCUACAGUCGCAAGCAGCACGAAAGAAAAAAGAGAGCGAACUGGCAUUUAGUGGUAUGCAAUCAACUCGUGUACAUAGAAGAUUCCAUUAUGCGUCAUUCAUUUCUCGCGUAUUUGGCAUUUCGUUUCGAAGCAUUCGUUUCAUGUGCAGCAACAUCGCGCCGUCGCAGUUGUCGCAGUUGAACAUACUCUACAGAAACAUGUACAGAAGUUGGGCGAAGUCGAUACGAUGCGACGAGAGAGAGAGAGGUGCGCAAGACCGUGUCAGAAAUGCAAUCUCACUGCGUAUCCUUCGCAGGCUUAUUUGAAGAUAUAAAUAUAUAAAUAUUAUAUGAAUAUAUAUAUUAUAUAUAAAUACAAACAACACAAAGCUUGUGCCAGUUUGAGGGAGCAGAAUCUUUUACGCUCCUUUCCUUUUAUUUUUUUUCUCAUUUGCAUUUCGGCAAGCGUUGUGCGUUGUCUCGUGGCAUAAAGGCACGCUCUCUCGUCUGCUUCUCAAACGUUUGUUCGCAGAAGCCAAGCUUUAUUCAGUAUUAUUGAGCAAACGGUGCCACAAUUCGGUUUCUUAAGAUCAGGUAGUGGUCAUUGAGAGUCCUCGUCAAUACCGCAGCGUGGGCGUCAAAUAAUGACGUCCGUUGCCCAUCGUUCACGGUCCUGGAAGCCUGACGCUCAUUCCUGUACAGUUGUUGCCGUCCUCCGUCGGCUCGCGUACUUCCACAAGUGAGCCGCGAGUCUCGUGCGAGCAAUCGUUGGAGAGUACAGAUGAGAUAGAACGGCGCAUGUACAGUCUCUGUCAAAUGUAUGCGGGCCGUGGAACGCGCGACCGGAGCUCUCUAUACAGGGACGGGGGGAUGGGGUUCCGCGGCACUCUUUGCAUGGAACACCGAAAGCUAUUGAAUUAGAUUGGCUUGAGUUCGUUCGUCCUUAAUGCAAUAUUAAAGUUUGCAAGAAGAAUCGUUGAUCCUAGUCUAGUCGCGGCUGAAUUUUUUUUAUUUAGUUCUUCAAUUUAUUUGGUAUGUCCCCAAUUGGCGACUGUAUUCUCGAAAUUUGUACUCGCUUUCGAACUCGUCGGGGCACCGAUAACGCAAUAGGCGUACAGGUACACGUCGUAUGGUCGCGGUCACGAGUGAAAGGUUGCUCUGACGACACAGGCUGUGCCUCUCUGCCCGAGCAAAUCGCAACGCGCAUUUUGUAAAUGACAUUGUACAAGUUUCCCGUACUUUUUUUUAUUAUUAAUUUUCUUUUUUCUCAAGUCUCAUACAGCGAGUGCAUACCAAAGAAGGCUUGGUCUUUCGACAUGGCGUCGAUGACUGCGGCCGCCCCCUGUAUAUAGACACGCGCGAACGAAACGCCGCAAUGCAGGUUGUCGUUGCGCCGAGCUUUGUUUCACCAGUAUUGUUUUAUGUCAGUUAACACUUAGUCGUUUUCAUUUCUUUUCGUUCCGUGUAGCGUACAUUGCGAGGGCGUAUGCUGUAUUGUUCUCGCGUUCUCAUUCUGGAUGCACGCGUCGCCUAUUUCAUCUGCCAGCGCUUUCACGAACCUUUCGGGACUGUCGCACAUCGGAGGCGACUCUUCUGAACCGUUGCGCCGAAAGGUAUCGGUUCGGGGGUGCCAGCCUCAUAUUCCUUAACUCGAUUUCGUUCAUUGACUUCACUUUUGUGUCGUGGCUUGAUUCCGCGCUGCACUUCCUCCUACUCGCGUUAACUAUGAACCACGGGAUAAAUAGGAAUAAAGAAAACGAAAGUGGCGUGGUCAGUGUUGGUAUAUGCUGUAUAUGUCUGAAGAAGGCUUUCGAAUCACAGGCAGCCGUCGCAGGAGUGGUCGCGCUCUGGCACAUUUUUUUUAAAUCGCGCGUGGUACGGGCUUCAUUAGUCAUAUUUAAUCUCUUGCAUCCUAACAGUUAGCUGUGCAUUUUCUUUGCGCUCUGUCGGCAUCAUUUUGUUCGUUCCUUUACGUUACGCCCCAUCCUAUGUGGGGGUGGGAAUCUUUGUGCAAUAUAUAUGCCAUUUAAAGUCUCGAGGUGUGCACACCAUUGGCCGCAGCAGUCCCUCGGCCUCGAUAUCUUAGUCAAUAAAGGACAGGGUGAAUUGCGAUACUCAUCGAAACGCAGGAUUUCGCGGCCUCCUUAUGAGGUCGCUCCCUUGACAUGACCUCCGGCUCGUUUUGUCGAGCGUGUUUCUAGUCCGCUUUUUUUGGAACCGCUGUUUUCCGCGGGGAUGCAAUUUCGUGGGCAAAUUAUUCCAACGAAAUAAACGCUACCGGAUAUUCUUUAAUGGAACAACCACGGUCGCGCCGACCGAUUGGGUUUCUCCAAAGCCAGAGCUAUAUAAACGUACCUGCCUGGCUGUCAUUGAUUCAUGAAUAAAAAAAAUCGUGCCUCCGUACGUCUAUUGAGUCUAAAUUCCUCCUGUCUUUAGAAUGGUCCGGCGAAGUGGCAAUUGAAUGCAGCAAGUGUGCCCUUCUUUCGCAAACCGCUGGUUUAACUAAUCAUUAGAAAAAUGUGCAUUCGUGGAAGCUCGUUUCUUAGGGAAAUUUGCAGGCCGGAAAUAUCAUCCUCAUAUUACGCGAGUUAUUAUUCCUAUUGGUACCUCUCUGUCGAUCUUACUGUCUUUCUGAGUAGCGCUGAAAUUUGUUUUUCUGUUCCUGAACUAAUCAGAUUUUUGUAGCAUUGGGCGUACAGAAUUGUAGCCUGAUUGAUGAGUGUACCUAGUCACUCUGUAAUAUAGCUGAUUAUCGUUUCUUACUUUCUGUUUCUCUGCAUUCUUUUUUUUGUCAGUCACGCGUCCGUCAGCCAGGUCAAGGUAAAAAGUCUGUUGACAGAGUAGCACACAACGAAAUUUUCAGGGAAAAUCGUCGCGAUGGUAAUGCUCUAUGAUGAUCCGUAGCGUCAUCCCGUUCGUUUCAGUUUAGUACACCUCAAGAGCUCCUGAACAUGUUGCUUUAGUUCUUUUUUAACGUAAUGAUGUGCCGAGGUAUGUUCAAGUGUUGACGGAUGAGUAGCACGUGAAAACCUGCAGUGUGUGUGUCUGUGUGUAUUUCUUUUUUUUUUUCCUUCUCCCUAUCUCGUUCUUCUCGCUUUUUUGCUCGCUCGUCUGUGUUUAUGUAACUGACGCAUGUGCAUAGGGAGAAUGUAUGCGAAUUCUGGCUCAUCUCCCAGAGCAGAUAUUCAAAGUGCAGUAUUACGUGAACAUGAGUACGUCGGUGCCUGCCGACGAAACGUGCCAAAUAGUAGUGAUUCGGUGCCAAAGAGAAAAGACACUGUGAUGUUUUCUUUUACACCGUUUCCAAAACCUUAUACAGAUUUCAGUUGUUUGUGCAAGCAGUCAAACAUUGCAUUCAGACAGUCAGCUAAUGUUUGGUCUCGUAUGGGGCAUAAUCUAACUAGGUUAACGGCGAGAAAUGUGCCAAAGAAAAGAACUUCAGCAAAACAGUUUAUUUUUGUGUGUGUAUAUGUGCGCUGGAGGUAAAUAUGACAAAAAAAAAAAGCUCUUGCUCUCGAUUUUGCUGCUAAUUACUGCGUACCAAGAAGUGCGACGUUUUACUGCAAGCCUCUGUUUAGGUGCAGUUCACUGAAGCGAACGUCUGAUGCUCCUGAAAACGAAUACGUGUGCUCUUUACUGGUUAACUGGCCAUUUGGCGCCCUGCUGCUUUGCGGUCGCGAAAUUCGCAAACCAAAUGUGACCAGCUUAACCAGUGGACAAAUCUAACUAAUUUGACAACCCGCGGCGUCCAUGUGACGCGGGCGUGCUGUCGCAGCGUAAACUUGCUAAAAGAAGAAGUAACUACUUUCAACACACUUCCACACUAAAGUUCCCGUGUUUUAUUGAACCUGAAGGCAGCUUUUCACCACAGCGAUUUGUUGCCAACGUCCCAAUUGUUUUUCGUCAGAGGUUUGGGCUCUAGCGCCGGCUCAACCCGGCGGCGUUUCUUAUAGAUCUUACAUGCCUGUCGCUUUUUUUUUUUUUUUUUCAUGCGCCUGCAGUUGCCUGCACUGAUUACUGGCUUCAUGCGGUCGCCGUGCGCCACUUGCGGUGGUUACCUGUGCUAUUGGGUCUUGUUCAGGUGUAUUCAAAACGAGUGGAGACACUCGUGUUACUUCCGUGUACUGCAAUAUGCCAUUUCAUGGAGUUGUAGUUAUUAUUUAAUUACGAUGCGGAUGUGGUUUUUGUUGGUUUCUAAAUGCUUCGCCGGUGACACUAACGUGCUGAUUGGCUCUUGCUCGUUCCUUCGCUCAAAACAUGUCAUGACACUAAAAAAGCGCGAGAUGUUGAUGUGCUAUCGCUUUCGUAAAUUGUGCCGCCAUUUGUAGCCUGUUAGGAAUUCUCGAACGAGCAUUGUUUUGUGCUGAUGUUCACACCGUGAUUACCAUUGGAAACAAGAUGCCAUAUAUGAGUUGAGUAACUAAGUUAUCUGAAUACGUGCGAGAGAACGAGGAAUCUGUGGCCAAGAACAAGCAUAUACUUUUUCAACCUUGAUUCUUCCAAGUCCCCGAGCUUCACUGAUGACGUCAUUAUUGCAGUAACUUCUGCUUUCAUUUUCGUUCCAGGGUCGACAAAAUUUGUUGUCGUCAUUUACGCUUUAAACCACGGAAAUUGUAAAAGAAAACCACGCACACGACGCAAAGUGCAUUGCCCGAAGUUUUAUUACUGAAUUUUGCAUCACCCCCGUGCAUAAGAUAAUGUGCACUGGUUUUAGUUUUUGUUGUUUCAUUAUUUUGUGUCGUAUGUGUAAGAUUUAUAUUUUGUAUAAAGCUUUUUGUUACCAACUGA